AAUUCUGACAACAACUUUUUCGUUGCGUUUUCAACUAACGCUUUUGAAACUUAACGAUAAGUUUGCUAGUUCAUUAAGUAUUAAGCAUGUUUAUUGCAGCUUCAAUUUUGGUGUGUGUGUUGGCUGAAGCUUCUUCUUAUCCGACACCGAGAGUUGUUGGAGGGCAAAAUGCAACUGAUGGCGAAUUUCCCUUCGCGGUGCAACUGUGGGAAUAUAACAGUUCAUACUUCUAUUGCUCUGGAUCAAUCAUUGGAAAACGUUGGAUAUUAACUGCAGGUCAUUGCGUGGACGAAGAUGCGAAUGCAGUUCGAUACGGAACAAUAAAAUUUGGCAAAAAAGAGUUCGAUCCCAACUACGAUGCAAAAAUAAUAAAGCAGUACCGUCAUCCAGAGUUUGAAGACUGGUUAGAGGUCUUGUCCCCUACUUCUAUUAAAUGGCAUUUUGCGAACGACAUUGGUCUCUUCGAACUAGAAGAAGAUUUACCAUACGGACCCAACGUCCAACCUAUUGCUCUCCCCGAACAAGAUGCUGUCGUUCCCUUCAACGCUACCGCAACAUUAAUUGGUUGGGGCUACGUUAAUGCAAAUCACGAUUUUCCGGAAGUGCUACAAAAAAUUGAUCAAACAAUUUUCGACAAUACGUAUUGCGAUUCACGUUUCACAGAUAACGACCCCUACAAUGGCACUCAGAUGUUGUGCGCAGGAGAUAUACAGGAUCGUACAGGAGAGUGCAAUGGCGAUAGCGGUGGAUCAAUCGUAGUUGACAAUGUACAAAUCGGCAUAUCUUCAUGGUCUAACAAACCCUGCAUAUCAGGUCCCGGAGUCUUUACGAGGAUCUCUGUUUACCGAGAUUGGAUAAGAAAUGUAUCUGGAAUUUAAAAAAAAAAUAAU